GCCAAUCAAACGGGCCCUUAAUUAUGUUUGAUUGUUUGGUAAAUUCCAAUUUCCAAACCAUCAUUAGAUCCUAAAAUACCAAGAACAGAAUCUACAACUAUCAUCCCAUAGUCUCGACGUUAGAGAGAAGCUCUGCUGCUGGGGGUGGUGUGGUCGGUCCAUUGAUCACUCACGUCGAUUCAUCUGCUCCGCGGAGGCUAGAAGCUCUGCCCAGGAAUGUCGUUCUCCUUUUUCAAGCCGUUGAGGCCUAAAAACCCGCCGGAGCUCGUUAAGGCCGUCAAAGAGAGCCUCAUGGCGCUCGAUUCCAAGACCGUCGCCGAAGUUAAAGCGCGCGAAAAGGCAUUGGAAGAAGCUGAGAAAAAUAUUAUGUCAAUGAAAGUCAUGCUUUUAGGAGAUGGAGAGGCGGAGCCAAACUCGGAUCAGGUUUUGCAAUUGACAAUUGAAAUAUGUAAUGAGGAUGUCAUUGCUCUUUUCUUUCACCAAUUACCAGUACUGGGAUGGGAAGCAAGAAAAAAUCUAGUUCAGUGUUGGACUGUAAUGUUGAGACAAAAACUUGAUGACUCCAUAUUCUGUUGUGUGAGGUACAUGGAAAACCACUUGGAGUUGCUAGACUUCCUUGUUGUUUGCUACGAUAAUAAGGAAAUAGCUUUGCAUUGUGGGAAUAUGCUUCGGGAAUGCAUCAAAGUGCCUAGUCUUGCAAAGUACAUCUUGGAGUCUCCUUGCUUUGAAUUGUUCUUCAAGUUUGUUGAGCUGCCUAACUUUGAUGUUGCAUCUGAUGCAUUUUCUACCUUUAAGGAUUUACUCACCAAACAUGCACCUGCAGUCUCAGAGUUUCUAACAGCUCACUAUGAUGAGUUCUUUGAGCAGUAUGAAAAACUCUUGUCGUCUUCCAACUAUGUGACAAGGAGGCAGUCACUGAAGCUUCUGUCAGAAUUUCUAUUAGAACCUCCCAAUUCCCAUAUAAUGAAGCGUUAUAUUGCUGAAGUUCGACAUUUGAAAAUCAUGAUGACAUUGCUCAAGGAUUCAAGCAAAAAUAUCCAGAUAUCUGCUUUCCACAUUUUUAAGGUCUUUGUGGCUAACCCUAACAAGCCUAAAGAAAUAAAAGUGAUUCUGGCAAAAAACCACGAAAGAUUAUUGGAAUUGCUACACAGCCUCUCCACCGGAAAAGGGGGUGAAGAAGAUGAUCAGUUUGAAGAAGAAAAGGAGUUGAUAAUCAAAGAAAUAGAAAAAGUAGCUCAGUUGCCCAACCUGGGAACUUAGUGCGCAUGGCAUUUGAUCUUUUAUUAUUUUUUGAAGUAUGAAGAAGCGAAGGGAGUGUGGACUUCAUCAUCUGUGUCAUUUAUUUACUUAUAUUGUAAAUGAUCAGAGUCUGCAUCCUGAUUUGUAUGCAAUUGCCUGUUGUAAGCUUGAUGGACCAAAAACACGUACAUAUAAUUGACCGAAAAGUUAUUUAUUGCUACUGUAGUUUUUUUUUUUUGUUAGAACCUUUUUUUAUCUAUAGUUUUGUCACUUGUGAUGAAAUUUCAUAAAAAUGAAUUUGAUUUUGGCUG